CACUGACAAUUUACCAGGCUCAUUUCCAUCGGAGUCAGCCGUGUUUAAGUGUGCUCUGGGUCUUCAGAUUUCACAUUCGGCUCUCUCAAAAGCUUCUGAGAGGGAGCAGGGCUCAUUGUUCCUCUCACAAAGCAAAGAACCCUCCACACUGAGCAACAAAACAACUGCUCUCCAGUCAUGCAGGCUCUCCAGGUUGCUGCCCUGUGCCUUUUAAUGGCUCUGGAGCCAGUGAAUUGCCAGCAAGCCCGGGGAAAUCUCCAGCCAUGGAUGCAAGGGGUUAUUGCAGUGGCUGUUUUCCUAGUCCUGGUGGCAAUUGCUUUUGUGGUCAAUAAGUUUUGGUGUCAGGAAAAAGAGGAAAAUAUGGAGUCGGUGGUCACCAUAGGAGACAAGAAGGAAGAGGAUGUCGUAUCCAACGGGACUGAGGGGAGGUAUUCGAUCACCGCGGCUGAUUUCAGGUCCAAAGAAACCCAGCAUGCCUACGAAAAUAUCAUUGAGUACGAGGGGAAAGUCAUCACUACUCUGAUGUAAGAGCCGCCUUCAAGGAUCGCUCAUUUCGUGCCAUCCUUUUUCGCCCCUCUCCAAUUCUAACUUGGCAUCCCUGUGCGGUGGUCAGCUCGAUAGCCUGGAGUCAUUGCACCUGGAUUCACCCACGCCCCGGAAGAUGAAGUUUGCUCCCAGCAUCACCCAAACCUGGGCAGGGUGGGAAGGACAACAGCCACGGCUGCCUCUUACUCCCCAUUCCCUGUUGGUGUGCAGGGAAUGGGAGAGGCCAUCCCCUCCAAUGGCUCAGAACCAGAUACAAUGCAGAGGGGGAAUAAAGGUCUGGUUCAAAUUUCCCUCCAUUCCCUCCCCCCCGCCAACUGAAGCAAGAGAGAAGCAGGAACCAGCCUGUUACUCCCAGAAUCACAAGCCAUUCCAGGCUAGGCUGUAAGAUUGCAAUGCUGCCCUGUUUGUACAGAAGCCCCUUCCUUCUCUUUGCCUAAAAUAAUGUCACCUAUGACAUCUCUUCUUCUUAGUCCUAGCCCGGUGUAAUAGCAUUUCUGUUAAUCACCUGUGCAGUGUAACAGCCUUUCUUUAUAGCCAAAGAAGCUCAAAUAUUCUACACACGUUCCCUCAAGAGCUAGUUAUUUAUUGAUCGCCAAAGCUGGGCAUCCUUUUGAGGGUGAGGUAUCCCCUUUUCCUUUUUAUUCCUCUUUGUGAACAAAAGCCAAUUGGUUGAAUUUGCCGGAUCCAAAAUCUCCUCUUGUGAACAUCUUUUCCUGGUAGCAAUAAAGAGAAUUAUUCUUUAA